UGCUCACCCCCUCCAAGCUGACCGGUCAGACAGAUGUGCAGCAGCACUUUAAGGAUGAAAACAAGCCAUGGCCACUGCCAUAAAGGCACAGAGCACAGAUCUCAGACUGGGGUUCUCCUGCUGGCUCCCCUCCUGAGCCCCAGCCCUACAGUGGCUGUCCCUGGGGGGAUGCUGCUCCCCACCACUGGGGAGAAAGGGGCCCUUUGAGCCCUGCCUGGACCCCCACCACCGAGGCACUGCUUUUCCCUGGGUCUGUGUUGUGGUUCCAGGCUGGUCCCCAGGUCCCUGGCAGCAGCAGGGGGGUCCCAGCUGUGUCCAGGUUUCUGCAGCCUACCCACGCCGCCACCUCUGAAGUUCCUGUGGGUGAAAUGUGGUUGUCCUAUGAGUCGGCAGCAUAGAAAAGUCAGUGGGGAGGACAGGGAGGGGGAUGAUCCCCAGCAUGUUGCUUAAAUGCUGCUUAGGACCGGGCUUUUUUCUCUGUAAAUACUUAAAUCUCUAACCCUGCUGCCACGGGCUGCCCAGGCAGUGCCUUAUGAGAGCACACGCGGCGGUGUAGGUGACUGGAUUUGAGAGUCAGACCUCCCCUGCAGGACUGAUGGAUGCUAAAGGCCCAUGAGGUCAUCACAAAGACUAAAAAUACCCCAAGGAUGUUGUUAAACAAGCUUCCAAAGGUUGUGACGCCUUCCUCACACCUACAGUUCACUUUCCUCUCUCUUGUCCGAGUCUUGGUGGAGACUGUCACUACUGGCAGGGGCUUUCCCGUGACACCAAUAAGCAGCAUUUAGAACCACAGGGCAGAGGACCAGCCUGUCACACCUGCCCCCCCAUAAUGCAAAGAAACCAAAGAGAAGCACGCUUGGACCCUCACCCUCGGCCCACCACCACGGGGGUGCAAGCACCAACGUGUCCCCCCCAAAAAAAAAGCUGCUGCCCCCCGUGCCGCCUGCCCAGGGCUCGCUCCAUGGCUGCACUAGAGGCUGCACGGGAUGCUGGACUCCCGGGGGGUCCUUUUGCUGCCAGAAGGGCAAUUUGCAACCAUUACGGGUUUGAUUUUAGAAAGGAUUUGUUUUCCCACAACUGAAAGUAUUAAAUUUUAAUCGCUUGUUUGGGUGGGGUGGGAGGGUGGGAGGGAGGGCACGUAGGCUGGGUGCAAAAACCAAUGGUGAAGCAUUGAGCGGAUGCAAGAGGAACAACAGAGGGCACCAGAGAUUUGACUGUCCCAAAGAGGAGAUAAUAAAUGAAGCACUUUUGGGGAACAAGAGUUCAUUGCUGUGCUUCAGCUCUUCUGAGCUGUUGUCAGCAGCCUCCUGGGUGGCCGUGCCCUGCACAGAGCAUCAUCAAGCAUCCACAGCCUCGGCAGAUCUCCUGUGCCACUGUGACCUUCCCAAGGACCAAACCCAGCAGGCAGCCCCGCAAGUAGCAGGUAACUUUUCAUUCUUCCUGCACAGGGACAGCCUGCCAUGGAGAACUGCACUGCUAUCAACACAACGUUGCAGAACGGUAUUUUGCUCUUUCAGCUGAUCGUCUACAUCCCAGUCCUCUCCUUUGGGUUUGUGCUGAACACAGUCGCCUUCUGGGUCUUCUGCUGCAAACUCAAGAGCUGGACUGAGACCAGGGUGUACAUGCUCAACCUCGUGGUCACAGACUGUUUCCUGCUCUUUUCCCUGCCUUUCAUGAUAUAUUUUACCAACAACAAACAUCCCAUAGACGACUUGUGUUUUGCUGUACAGAUGAUAUAUUUUACAAACAGGCCUAUGAGCAUCUACAUCAUCAUGCUGAUUGCAAUCGAUCGAUACAUUGCAAUCAUGUUCCCUCUAAAAGCAAAAACUCUUCGAUCCCCACGGAAAUCAGCUUUUGUCUGUGGGUGUCUUUGGAUAAUACAGAUAAUUUAUUCCUACUACCAGCAAGAAUUUCAAGAAAGUGAAGAAAAGUAUUGCAUUCAGAGACUUUCUACUGAACCUAAGUAUUUAACAUUAGUCUCCAUUUCCUUUGGAUUUUUUAUUCCUCUAAUAAUUAUAAUUUUUUGUUCAGUAAAAGUCAUCCAAUGUCUCAAAAAGAAGAUGGCCAGCAGCUUUCAUGAGACAAAGUUAAUCCAGAAAGCGCUCCACAUUGUUUCUGUGAAUCUGUGUGUGUUCACCAUAUGUUUUUCACCUAUCUACAUCACAGUGCUCGUGCGGUUCAUAGCAGAGGUUGCUAAAGCUUGUUCUCCGCUCUCAAAAAUUAGAAUCGCUAUUCAGAUUUUUUCAUGUUUAGCUAAUAUCAACUGCUGUUUGGAUGCAUUUUGCUAUUACUUUGCAGCCAAGGAAUUUCAGGAAUUUUCCUCUCUGCUCCCCACUUUUAUAUUGAAGAGGUCUAAGGUGAAUCAAAGCCAAGAGUUACAGCAACCCACUGAGGAAGUGAUGUUAUAAAAAAAAAGGUUUAGUGCACUAUAGAUGUCAAGAGCCACAGUGCUGCUGAAGUUUUGAGGGAAUGGGGCUACCUACAGUAUUUGCAAUCCUGGGUAUAGGCAUACCUGCAAAAAGGGGUCUCCUAGUCAAGAGGGAGCUCCACAUGGUAUGGAGAACAGCUGAUAAGGCCAUUGUUUUGGCCACGUACUUAUUUGUACAUAUCAUGCAGCUAAACAUAAGAAACUUAGCACCUUUACAGCAAUGGAAGAAACCACUCCUACUACUGUAACUUUUGGUCAUUGAGGAAAAAGAAGAAAAAAAAAAAAAAAAGGAAAAACCACUGUAAUACAAUGUCAAGCCUAGUAUGCCUGUGUCACUCACAUCAAAGAAGUAACCUGUGCAGUGGUAGUUUCCCGCCUAGCUAUAAAAUGCCAAUGCCUACAGCUAUGACCAGGAUGCAACUAUCACUGUGCAUGGGCUAAACCACAGGAGUCAGGUAGUGGCAUGACACCAUUGUCCUAUUCCUGCCAUGUAACAUGUUUAUUAGCUUACAGCAACACCUUGACAUUUGUAAGACAAAAAUCAUUGUGGAUGUAAAUAAAGCUAUUACUGCA